ACAUUCAUUAUCAUUAUCAACGAGAACAGACUCAUAGAUACCGCUUCAGCUCCUCUAGUUUUUUCAUUGAUCUGCGGACUAUGGCUUGGAAUAAUUCCUACUUAAUAUCUGAACUCUGAGCAUAGUGGCUCAUUAUCGUCGAAAACCCUACCAAUCUGAUGCAGCAAAGUUAAAUCAUUUUAAUAGAUUGAGGCAGGCAGUUUUUGCUUGGAACUGGUGCUUAACAGUGCUAGUUUACAUGCCAAGAUGAACCCAACAUGGGUGAUAUUUUUGGCGAUUCUGUGCAAUGGUGGAUGCAAUGGUGCUAGACUGUUGGGUGUUUUUCCCAUCCCGGUUCGAAGUCACUACACUUUAGCGUUCAAACUAAUGCAAGGACUGGCCGAAGCCGGACAUCAAGUUACAGUUAUUGCCCCCUUUCCAGCCAAAAAUGUUCCCAGUAAUGUUUCGUGGGAACAUGUAGUAGUUGAGGGAAUAGCCGAAGAGUAUCACAAAAAAUUCAAAGACAUGAAUUUAUUGGAAGACAGUAACAGAAAUGUUGUUGAAAGAAUGGUCCAAUACCAAAAUCUGAUGGUGCAUUGGAUAAAUGACACGCUAUGGGAUCCCAAAGUGAAGGCACUUUUAACGCCCGCUACUAAAUUCGAUGCGGUUGUUCUUGAACAGUUCAUGAACGAUGCUCACAAAGCCUACGCCCAUUUCUUUGACUGUCCCCUUAUUUUGAUAUCCAGCAUGGGGGCUGCUCCAUGGGUAAACAACAUCGUUGGAAACCCAAAUCCUCCUGCCUACAUUCGCCACAUCUUCUUUUCCAGCACGUUUGAUUACACGAAAAUCUGGACUCGCUUUGGAAACUUGGUCACCUACAUUACAGAGUUUCUGGUGGAUUAUUUCUAUUCACAACCUCUGCACAAUCGGCUCAUCCAGGCCCGGUUUCCCGGGGCUCCAUCGGUAGAAGAACUCAACAAACGUACUGCUUUGGUACUGCUAAACUCGCACGAAAGCCUAAUGGAACCAGUUCCCUUAGUGCCCAAUAUGGUGCAUAUUGGUGGGUACCACAUUGAGCCCCCCAAACCGCUUCCGGACGAUUUGCAGCAGUUCAUGGACAAAGCCACUGACGGUGUGAUAUAUUUUAGUAUGGGCGGCAAUAUAAAGGGAAGCCAGAUGAGGAAGGAGAAACUGGAAAUUUUCUUCAAUGCCUUCAGGAAGCUGAAGCAAAAGGUGAUUUGGAAGUUUGAAGUGGAGAAGAUGCCAGGAUUUCCCGACAAUGUUUUGAUGAAGAGCUGGCUGCCUCAGCAGGAUAUUUUAGCUCAUCCCAACGUGAAACUCUUCAUCACUCAUGGGGGUCUCCUGAGUACCACAGAAACCGUCUAUCAUGGAGUGCCAGUUCUAGCAAUUCCAAUAUAUGGAGACCAGUACAUGAACGCUGAAAACGCCGUACGUUAUGGAUAUGGGCUGAUGCUCGGUUACAACGAUAAAAACUUCAAUUAUGAAACGUUCAGUGCAACUCUGAACGAACUGUUGAAUAAUCCGAAAUAUAUGAAAAGCGCGCGACAGCGAUCGCAGAUUUUCCAUGACAGGCCACUCACACCAAUGGAGAGUACCGUAUAUUGGGUCGAAUAUGUGAUACGAAAUAACGGCGCCAAACAUUUACAAGUUUCGGGCGCUAAUUUGCCGAUCUACAAGUACCUGAUGUUGGAUAUACUCGCAAGCAUAAUCGCAGCACUGGCAAUAGCUUGGAUUAGUUUAAAAACAAUCAUUCGCUUGAUUGUUUCCAAAUUGAAGCGCUCUAAAAAGGAGAAGAGGAGCUAGAUGAUGAAGGACGGUUAGAAUGAGAAAAAAUGUUAAUUUUUGCGUCAACUGCGAAGAUUUUGACUUGGCUGUAGUGACAAAGAAAUUUCGUAGAGAAUACUGUUUGGGGGUAAAAUAUCGCAUGAAACCUUUAAAGGCGACAUAAAAAUAAAUUAACGAACUUGGAGAGUAUCGAAAUAAGUUAUACAAAA